AACUACUCAUUCCCCUUUAGCAUGGCCGCCUUCAAGAAGAAGAGACACAACAUUAGUCUCUUCGCGUGUGGCAACGCGCCACCGACCAUGGACGACGAUACCUCUGCCUCCAGAGCCGUACUGGAGCUUUUCAACGGCCUCGGAGGACAAGAACGUGGCAGUAACACGCCGGCUUUGUCCGUCGAGGCUUUGACGGCGUUGUCUCCUUGCUUGCCCGCAUUUGGACGGAGUUCUCCGUCAGUGAGACCUUUACGUGUGACGGACUCACCGUUCCCAAUACGGGAAGAUGGUGACGUGGCUAACGGACACGUGGACAAAGCGGCGGAUGAGUUUAUAAAGAAGUUUUACAAGAACUUGAAUCAGCAAAAGAAGAUGAUUGAGUUCUCACCUUAUUAAUAAGUAUUUUUUUUCUAAAUACUUUAUCUCUAUUUUCUGAGUUAGUUCGAAGUUCGUAUAAUAUUUUUGG